AUGCCUGCGCAUUCCACUCACGGCGUGUUUUCAACGAUUCGGCUGGAGUGUGGAGUUCGAUUCGGCCCAUAUACAGGGAAGAAAGUGUACCUCAGUGAAGUCAAAUCCAAGGACGAUAAUUCCCGAAUGUGGGAGGUGUUCAUCAAUGGGCAGCUCAGUCAUUUCAUCGACGGCCGAGGGGCGUGCGCAAACUGGAUGACGUACGUCAGGUGCGCGCGCACGAGACAGGAACAGAAUCUCGUGGUGACGCAACACGACGGUCAGAUUUUUUACGAAGUGUGUGACGUCAUUGAACCCAGCAAGGAACUUUUGGUGUGGUACGGAACAGACUAUGACCUUUAUCUCGGGAUCCCAACAGGAUUGAAGUUGACCAAUGAAAAAGGCGAUAUGAAACUGAUGCAUCAAGAGAGCAGAAAAGAAAAGUCAAGCGACCAGGGAUAUCAAUGUGACAGAUGUGGAAGAAUGUUUGCUUACAACUACUAUCGUGACAAACACCUUAAGUACACUCGAUGUGUGGACAGUGGCAACCGCAAGUUCCCUUGUGACCUUUGUCCAAGAUCUUUUGAAAAACGUGACCGGCUUCGUAUCCACGUGUUACACGUUCACGAAAAACAUCGACCACACAGUUGCCACGUGUGCCAGAAGACUUUCUCCCAGUCGUCCAGCUUAAACAAGCAUAUGCGGGUUCACAAUGGAGAGAGGCCGUAUAAGUGUGUGUUCUGUGGUAAAUCCUUCACGGCUUCCAGCAUCCUGAGGACUCACAUUCGUCAACAUUCCGGGGAAAAACCAUUCAAGUGUAAAUUUUGUGGCAAAGCGUUUGCUUCGCACGCCGCCCAUGACAGUCACGUGAGGAGAACGCAUGCGCAAUUCGGAAGGGUUCCAGACGUGUUCCAGCUAAAUGACCAAUUUCCACGUAAUAAGGGAGUUGCAGACGUGAUCAGAGAUGAAGAGCAGACAACUAGGCGCAUAUAUCAAGAAAGUAUAACUUCUCCAGGGGAGCUAACCCGGGACUGCAUCUCGCCUGGAAUAUCUGUAGAUUCCAUGGCGAAACAGAAUAAUAGAUCAGAAUCUGGUCAAGCUGAGGAUGACUUUAUAAACGUUGACGAGUGA